GCAGUCGUACUCCCUCGGCAGUUCUCUGUCAGUAAGCGAGCGGGUAGCACGGCUUCGUGCGUGUAAGACCCGGCGCGGCUCCUGUUGGAAUUAUUUGACACACACGGACUUAUUUAUUUAUUUAUUUGCCGGGGUGGGGGGGACAAAUUUAACAAGUUGUUUUAUAUAACACGGGAAUAAUGCCCGGGAUCAUCAAUAAAAAUCCGGACGUGGAGUUUGACUCCUUACAGCCCUGCUUUUAUCCUGAUGAAGACUAUUUUUAUUUCGGUGGUCCUGACGCCGCUCCACCUGGGGAGGACAUCUGGAAAAAAUUCGAGCUGCUGCCGACGCCGCCUCUUUCCCCGAGCCGGGCUGCGCUGCAAGGCGACCCUGCCUCGGGAUCACCAGAUUGCGACCCGCUUGGCUUCGACUCCCAGGACCCGUUGGACUGGGCUUCAGAGCUACUGCUGCUGCCAGAAGACGACCUUUGGGGUAGCGGUAGCUCGGACGGGGAUCUUUUUGGUGCUGGAUUAGAGAGUAACUUGAACUCCAUCAUCAUCCAAGACUGCAUGUGGAGCGGGUUUUCUGCCCGUGAGAAGCUGGAACGAGUGGUUAGUGAGAAACUGGGAAAAGCGAUUUCUGCAGCGGCUCAGUGCGCUGGGAACAAGACGGUCGAGUUGAACAAUUCGGUCCCGGAAUGCGUGGACCCGGCCGUGGUUUUCCCCUUUCCUGUGAAUAAAGGCGAGGUCAGAGGCAGCUCGCCUGGGACGGUUACGCCGGCACGGUCAAACAGCAGCGCCGAUGACACUCCCAGCGACUCUGAUGAUGAUGACGAGGAGGAGGAGGAGGAGGAUGAUGAGGAUGAGGAUGAGGAGGAUGAAGAUGAAGAAGAGAUUGAUGUUGUAACAGUCGAGAAGAGACGUAGUUCUGCCAGCAAACCUGUUACCACUCUCACCAUUACAGUCCGAUCAAAAAACAAUAAUUCAAGUAGUAACAGUAGCAGCAACACAUCUGCAUCAAGGGUUCCACAAGAAUUCAUCCUUAAAAGAUGUGCUCCCAUACACCAGCAGCAUAAUUAUGCAGCCCCUUCUUCUUACACAGAGUGUGAGGAAGUGCCACCAGUGAAAAAAAUCAAGAAUGAGGCUCCAAGGCCAGCCAAAAAUCUAAUGCCAGCAAGGGCCAAGAGCGCUAGCCCCAGGAGUUCAGAUUCAGAGGACAGUGAGCGACGGCGCAAUCACAACAUUCUGGAGAGGCAACGGCGCAAUGACCUGAGGUCAAGUUUCCUCACUCUUAGGGACCAUGUACCAGAACUAGUGAAAAAUGAGAAAGCUGCAAAAGUGGUGAUCUUGAAAAAGGCCACAGAAUAUGUGCAUUCUCUGGAAGCUGAAGAACACCGGCUGCAGCUUGAAAAAGAAAGGCUUCAGGUGAGGCGACAGCAGUUGCUCAAAAGAAUAGAACAUGCAAGGACUCGCUAAGACGUUUCAUGCAUCAGGACUGUCACUGCCACUUUUGCACAUUUCUUUGACGUUAAGAAUGUUGGGUUUUACUUUCAAUCUAUUCCCAUAAACACACACACACACACAAACAAAUCACAUUGUGUUUUUUUUUUUUCUUUUUUAAUUGGUUCAUUUUUUGAGAUUCAAAAUAAUUGAUACUGUAGUGUACAGCUCUGUGUGAGAGACAGUGUGUAUGCGUGUCCAGUGCUCUUUCUUUGCCUUUAUCACUUUGAGAAAGACAAUGGACUGUAUUGCCAUAUUGUGGAAGUUAACAGAAUUAAGGUGGCAUCUGUCUUAAUCCAUAUAGUUCAUUCCUGAUUUUCAGUGGUGCUUCAUUACGAAAUAUAUACUUUUGGGGAUGCAUUACAGAAGAACAAUUUGUACUCAUUUUUUUGUAAAUAAUAUUUACACUUUCUGCCUUUUUUGUACAAUUCUGGUUUGUUAUUUUUAAAUGUUGAAGCUGCCAAUAUUAGACUGGAAGUUUAUAUACCUUUAAAGUACUGUAAUACCUCAAUGUUUGAGGAUCAUACAAUUUUUGUAUACAAACAUAUUGUUAAUCUCCGUUAUGUACUGUACUAAUUCUUACACACCUGUAUACUUUAGUGUGAUGCUGAUACAUAACUAAAUUUGAUACUUAUAUUUUCGUAUGAAAAUGAGUUGUGACUUUUAAGUAGAUAUUACUUUAUCCUUUUUUCAUACUAAAAAGAAAAUUCUUUUGUACAGAAAUUCACUCUAUAAAAGUUUACCUAUCCUUUUUGUUCUUCCUGUUUAUUUGUUACUGUUGGGUGCAUAGAACUGGGUAAAAGGAAAUGAUCUUUGUUUUGUUUUGAUGUAUAUUUAGUGCUGCAACUAAUAGCACUUUGAAAUACCUCAUGUUUACGGAAAUAAAUUAGAAUAAGAAAAAA